AUGGAACGGGGCCCCCGCCUGCUGGAGCACAGAGCCUGUUGACGCACGCCUUCCGUCUCUUCCGCAAAAAUAGUUUGCUCUGCUGUCAACUCGAGCGCUCAGACCACUCCCUCCCGGUCUGUACGGGAAGAGAAUCCGAGUCUUGAACUUUUUACUCAGAGUUGCCAUCAGCAGUUUUCGUGAGGCUUUUCAGUAUGCGUCGUGAGGAGAAUGGCGGACGCCAGCGCGCUUGAGGAGCUCCACUCUGAGCUCACCUGCCCGGUGUGUCUGGAGCUCUUCCGUGAGCCGGUCAUCCUCGAGUGCGGCCAUCACUUCUGCCGAGUGUGCAUCACCCACUGCUGGGAGGCCAAGGCGGACGAGCAGCCGACCUGCCCGCAGUGUAGAAAGUCGUGUACCCGCAAGCUGCGGCCCAACUCGCUGCUGUGCAACGUGGUGGAGAGCGUGAGGAGAGCCCGGGCCACGGACGCGGCCGCGGGUCUAGUCGGAUGGGACCCGGAAGGUGAGCCGGAGGAGCCCGAGGAGCGGGAGCCCGGCUCCAGCAUGAGCAGCGUCGCCUCCUCCAUCGGCUACUGGCCGCGCCUGCUGGCCGAUAUGUGCGAGGAACAUGAGGAGAAGCUGAAGCUGUACUGUGAGGACGACCAGCUCCCCAUCUGCCUGGUGUGCGGCAUGUCCCGGGACCACAAGACGCACAAUGUCAUCCCCAUAAAUGAGGCUUUUGAGAAUUAUAAGGAUAAGCUGUCUGUCGCUCUAGAAAGGGUUCAGCUACAGACAGAGGAGGCCUCGCUCUUCCAAAGCCAAACCAAUGAAAAGAUCCUCCUUAUUAAGGAGCGAGCGGCCGACCUGGAGGAGCAGGUGAGCGUGGAGUUUGCCCGUCUGAGGGAGUUUCUUCAACAGGAGGAGGAGCGCGUGAAGGAGAAACUCCAGAAGGAGAAAGAGGAGAGGCUCAACCAGUUGGAGGAGGCGCUCACCCAGGCCACCGAGCAAAUCAGCCAGUUGGAGAGCACGGCUGACCAGCUUGCCCUUAAACUGAGGGAGGAGGAGAACCCAGAGCAGCUCAAGGGAAUCAAAGACUUCAUUGGAGGGGCAGAGAGCUUGUUUGAGCGCCCCCCAGAGGUCAGCGUGGAUCUGCAGUCUGGAGAGUUCCUUGGGCCUCUGCAGUACAGGAUCUGGAGGAAGAUGAGCUCUGUUUUUCAGCCAGUUUUCUCAGAAGUGACCUUUGACCCUGACACAGCCUACCCCCGCCUGUGGGUGUCCCCGUGUCGCACCAGCGUCCGCAUAGGUGACAUCCAGCCCAACCUGCCCGACAACCCCGAGCGCUUCACCCGCUACAACAUCAUCCUGGGCCACGAGGCCUUCUCGUCCGGCCGGCACUACUGGGAGGUGGAGGUGGGCUCCAAGACGGCCUGGGGUCUGGGCGUGGCCACGUCCUCCGUCAACAGGAAGGAGGAAAUCAGCCUCUGCCCCGACGACGGUUUCUGGACCCUGGUGAUGAGGGACAAAGGUGACGGGACCAGCGAGUACGAAGCGUGCACCGACGCAGAGGACAGCUUGUUAUAUCCCCCGCGACCUCCCAGGAGGGUGGGGGUCUAUCUGGACUACAGCCGUGGUGAAGUAGCCUUUUAUGACGCGGGGGAUAUGAGCCACCUGUUCACCUUCUGUGAUGCGAAAUUCAAAGAGCCCGUUUUUCCCUACUUCAAUCCCUGGCCGAUUAUCAAUGGACGCAACCGCGAGCCCCUCACCUUAGUGACGCCGCUGUGGUGACACUUCUCACCAUGACCUUCUUCAUGAAUGACUCAGCACAGCUUUCACAUUAACAUAAACUUUCUCGACAUGAGGCCUUUGUUGUGAACAGCAUGGGGAUGAUGCACACUUUGGUACUCCUGCACCUUCAGAUAUAUUCUUGUAAGCCCAGAUGUAAGAAGAUAAAGCCUCCAAAGUACAAGACAACAGGCACCAUGAUUUUUAUUUAGUGGGAAAAUUGAUAGAAAAGGUUUAUGUUCUUAGUUAUUAGAUAAAUUACCAAAAACUCACUUGCGUCAUGAGAAAAGCCUACACAAUCAUUAUAAUCGAUACAUGUGUUGCCUUUUUAAGGAUCAAUUUUAUGUAAUAAUAGUAUCUAACUAUAUAACAAACUAUUACACUGGUUUUAUGUAUCUUAUACAGAUAUUGUAAUGCCAUUUUAACCUUAACAACAUACACUGUAUAUGGUUUUCUAAAGUGAAAGGAUUGAUUUUAGUGGAUUUUACCUUGAAGUUAUUAUUUUUGUUUGCCUUACGUGCCUCAAAAUAUUCCAUUCAAAAAAAAAAAAGCAAAGCCUGCUGACACUAACCGUACACACUGCAAAAACUCUCAGUCUUAACAAGCCAUUAACACAUCAUCAUAGUCAGCGUUAAGAUCUUUUUUUUAACAAGUAAAUAAAUCUGACAGUGGGAUGAGAUAACCCCAGUUGUUUCCAGUGCUAGUCAACUUGUUUCCACAAUUUUCUUCAUUCUCAAGUAUGGUUUUCUUAAUGCUAGUGGCCUGAUCUGCCUUGUUCUGUGUUGUUUCAACAUACUUGUUAUCAGUAAAAAAAAAAAAAAAAAAAAAAAAAAAAAAUCCUGCA